AUGGCAUACGAAGGCCGGGAAGGCCGAGAAGGUCGAGAUCACGGUGACAAGGGGUUUGGAUACGGCGGUGGAGGCCAUGAUGGACCACCACCGAGGGCUAGGGGCAGACGCCCCGUCACCGACUAUGGUGCAACUAUCGUCCACUGGAUGCGCCAUCGCCAACCGCGCUACAAGGGCUCGUACACGGGGGAGACUGAAAGACCGAGUAACAGCUACAUAGUCGAUAUACUCCCCCCUCAUGCGAGGACAACCAGCCCAGCAGACUCAGUGCCGACACGGCAUCUUCACUCAUCCCUCAACAAGAUCAAGCACCCCGUCAACGUGGUGCGAUGGACACCCGAAGGCCGGCGGUUGUUGACCGCUUCUAGCAGCGGCGAGUUUACCCUCUGGAACGGCACUGGCUUCAACUUCGAAACCAUCAUGCAGGCGCACGACUCGGCUAUCCGCGCCCUGGCAUACUCGCACAGCGACGACUGGCUGGUGUCGGCCGAUCACGACGGCAUCAUCAAGUACUGGCAACCCAACUUCAACAACGUCGAGAGCAUCCGCGGCCACACCGACCCGGUGCGAGACCUAGCUUUCAGCCCGACUGACGCCAAGUUUGUCACGGCCUCAGACGACUCGACGCUGCGGAUCUUUGACUUUGCGGCCGCCACGCCCGAGUCGACGCUGAGCGGCCACGGCUGGGACGCGAAGAGCUGCGACUGGCACCCAACCAAAGGCCUGAUCGUAUCAGGGUCCAAGGACCACCUGGUCAAGCUGUGGGAUCCCAGGACGGGCCGGUGUCUGACGACGCUGCACGGCCACAAGAACACCAUCACCAAGACCGUAUUCGAGCGAGUGCGCGGCCAAUGUCUGGCCACGUCUGCGCGCGACCAGACCGCCCGCGUGUUCGACCUGCGCAUGAUGCGCGACAUCUGCCUGCUCCGCGGCCACGAGAAGGACAUCUCCACACUAGCCUGGCACCCGGUCCACUCAAACCUCCUCAGCACCGGCGGCUCCGAGGGUUCCCUCUUCCACUACCUCCUCGACGAGCCCAACACCCCCCCAGGCCACUCCGCCUCCAUCGCCCCCUACGACAGCGCCGACCCGGCCUCCACGCCAGCACAAACCAUCUACCCCGCCCACCGCGUACCCUACGCCCACGACUUCGCCAUCUGGUCCCUCGACUGGCACCCGCUCGGCCACAUCCUCGCAUCCGGCUCCAACGACCGCAUCACGCGCUUCUGGGCCCGCGCCCGCCCCGGCGAGGCCGACUCCUUCAACGACCGCUACCACAUCGGCGAAGCCGCUGCCGAAGCCCAAGGCACCUGGGACCGCCGCGGCCACCGCCACAUGCGGCAAGCCGAAGAAGAACAGGAACUCGAAGACGAAAUGGACGGCCUAGUCGACCAAAAAAUGCCCCUCAAACAACAACAACAACUGCAACAACACCUCCAAAACAACCCCCAAACCCAACCCUUCCCCCUCCCCGGCGGUCUCCCCGGUCUCCCCGGCAUCCCGGGUCUCCCAGGCCUCCCAGGCCUCGUACCCCCUCCCCCACCCGGCACCGCCAUCCCCGGCAUGGGCAGCACCAGCGGUCCCAAUCCCAGCGCUACAGCAGCAGCAGGCGCCCCUCCGCCUUUCCCCAUCCCCGGCAUGCCCGUCCCACCACCCCCGAUCCCUGGGAUGCCCCUCCCGCCUCUGCCCGGUCUGGACGGGAAGAACCCGCCUGACUUCGCCGCUAUCGCCGAGAUGAUGAAGAAGCACGGUAUCGUCCCGCCUCUUCCUCCUCCUCCACCCGGAGCAGCAGCAGCUGCUGGCGCAGGCAGCGGGGAGCUUCCCCCGGGCUUAAUCCCCCCUCCUCCCUUACCGGGAAUGCCGCCUGGGUUUCCACCGGCUUUACCGCAUGGUUUUCCGCCGCCGCCGCCUGGGUUUGUGCCUGGUGCUGGUGGCGGUGGUGCUGGUGGGGUUCCUGGAUUGGGACAGCAGCAGCAGCAGCGGCAGGGGGAUGGUGGUGGUGAUGAUGGCGGUGCAGGCCGUAGGAGGGCGCCGUUGCCGAGUCAGGAGGAGAGUUUGAGGAUGGAGCAGAGUAAGGGGAAGUAUACUCGGGUUAAGUAA